CGCUCUCUCUCUCUCUCUCUCUCUCUCUCUCUCUCUCUCUCUCGUCUCGAGACGCAACAUCAUCGCAGUGUGAUGGCGGAGUGAUUUGCGUCCGCCUCAAGUCCAACCCGCUCCCUCCCUUCUUUGUGAAGAGAGAUAGAGAGAGAAGAAGAGGAAUAAAAGAAAAAAGAAAUAAAGAAAAAGAUAAGAAGCCGCUCGUGACGCUGAGAUUUACUUGACAAGUGAGAAAGGUGGAAUAUAAACAAAAGACGGAAGAAUAGACUACAUCCCAUUACAUCACCGAGAGAGAGACAGAGAGAACCCGGUCCAUACGGGUACCGGGAAAGGACGCGGCUCGCGACGUGAUGGUUACGGUGUGACACGACCCGAUAUUUACACCAAAAAUGCACGGUUAAUAAAUUCUUUUAAGAGGGCGGGAGCGGAGCUCAUCAGCGUCAUCCCUCGUGACCGCCGGAGACUGAGGUGAUGUGAUCGGAACGUGCGCGAGACGCCGCCGCCAUGGCCGAGGAGGGGGAUAUAGAGGCGGAUGCAGGGGCUACCGGCUGCACGGACAAGUAUGAGGAGUACGAGUGUAAGAUCUGCUACAACUACUUUGACCUGGACCGGCGCGCGCCCAAGAUCCUCGAGUGCCUGCACACGUUCUGCGAGGAGUGCCUGCACGCGCUGCACUUGCGUGAGGAGCGGCCGUGGCGCGUCACGUGCCCUGUGUGCCGCCACCGCACGCCUGUGCCUGAUUACCGGAUACGCAACUUGCCCAACAACACCAAGGUCACGGAGGACUUCCCGCUGCGCGUGGACGUGGAUGCCGACCCCGUGCCGCAGGACGCGCUGCCGCCGCACCCGCCGCCGCUGCAUCCAGCGCUCGCGGCCCUGCGGCGCGACGACGCGUCCAGCGCGUCCGGCCCGAACCGCCACGCGCACGCGACGCCGUCCACCACGGCUUCCACGGCCACCAUGACGCUCUCGCAGGACUCGGUGGUGUCGCGCCGUGAGAGCUGCCACGAGGGCUGUUGCAGGCGUCUCGCGCUCACCGCAGGCUGCGCGUGCGUCGCGUUCUCGUUCGUGGCCAUGCUCGCGCUGCUCUUCGCCGGCCUUGUGUUCGUGCACGGCAACUCCGGGGACCGACCGCCGUCUCCCGCCGGUCCCGUGUGCCUGUCGGUCGCGAGCGUCCUCGCUAUGGUGGCUGUGGUGGUUACGUGGCUGCUCUGCUGGCUGAAAUACAGACCGGAGCACGAGGUCACCGGCCGCGCCUCGGCCACGAGCAACAGCAGCAGCAGGAGAAACGCCUAAGCUCUGUGUGUUGGAUGGGUGGGUGUGUAUAUGUGUACGCGCGCGUGUACGUGUGUUAUUGUCGCUCACAGUGUAUUAUUAUUCUGUCCUUCAUGAUCAUUUAGAGCGGAUAGACUUUUACUCUUAUUCCUCCCUAUGCACUUAAACACGACUGACAAUCUCUUUCUAUCACUUUACACACACACACACACACACACACUUUUCCUCCCCAGCAAUCUGGGACAGACGUGCGCACGUGUCAGGUUGCAGAAUCUCACAUCACACAUUUUUGACCAGUGCUACACACACACACACACACACACACACACACACACACACAAAUAUAUAUAUAUAUCAGACAUCAACCUGACCCAAAAAAUUACUAAGCCAUCAAACAAGACUGAGAAAUUAUUCAGGAAUUAAUCACAAGCAAUCCAAGAUGUUUAAAGUAUCUCUGAAAUGUAAUAUGAAAAUAAUUUAAGUAAAGAAUUAUUGUUUCAUUUUUUUUUUAUAUCCAUAACACUAUUUUGUGUAAUCACUAACAUUAGUGAAUGAGCAGGCUGUGGUUCUGUGCUUCAGUGUUCCUGGGUCUCAGAUAAGAAAGAUUCAAAAUCACAGAACUUAUUUACAGAGAUUUAACACUCUGUAUUUAUACUUUAUUUCCCAACCUUUCUAUUAUUAUUAUUAUUAUUAUUAUUAUUAUUAUUAUUAUUAUUAUUAUUAUUAUUAUUAUUAUUAUUAUUAUUACCUUUAGUACCAGCAUCAAAAAAGGGGCUAAUCAUUUAAACUUCCUAUUUUGAGAUGCUGAUCAUGAUUAUGGCUUUAAAUUCUGCCUCAAAUCUGGGAAAAAAAAUUUUUUUUCACUUAAGAUUUUGUAAGUAGCUCUGCCUAAAGCAGUGUGAUUAUAUAUAAAUUAUAUAUAUAUAUAUAUAUAGCUGAUAUAAAUAUAAAAUAAAUUACAGGCAGUUUAAUAGCUGUUAGGGUGGCAAUGUAGAAAUACCACCUUUAUUUUCUCUACAUUAGCUGCUUUUUUUUUUUUUAAGGAAAAAAUUAUUUAAGUAUUUAGGUUUGUACUCACACUUUUCGUACCCGGUUGUCUUUUGUAUUCGUUCUGCAGAUCCUGGUUUGUUUGUAUUAUGACUCUUUUUGCAUUUAGGAUUUGAAUAUUAAGCACUCUUUGGAUAUUUAAAUCUCUAAAAAUAUCUAAAUGGCAAAUUGCAAAGUGUAGCAUAAACACAUGUGUUUAGGCUUUAUUAUAUUUUGUUUGCCACAGGAGGGGUGUCGAAGUUUUUGUAGCAAUCUUAAACCUUUUGGUACAACGGAACCCUUCGAACCCUUUUAAACCUCCCCUCACCCUCGCACUACUGACUUAAUUCAUUUGUGUAAAGCUUGUGCAGUAAUAUUUCUCUGUCAAUCAGGGCCAUAGAGAUUGUUCUUCCAGAACUUUCCACCAACACACUAGGUCAAGUCUGGUAUUGUUUAGAGGUCAGGAUGAUCACAACUUAAUUUAAAAUUAGGGUUAAAACAUUCAGAGGUACUUUUAAGUCAGCACUGACAAUGCAAAUGCUGUGGUUUCGGGGCCAAAGUUUGCUUAAAAUCCACAAUAGUUGAACACACACACACCCCCACACCCAGCAGAGAAUCCACCAAGAAUAGAAUUAAGACCCUAGAUCAUAUUAAUGCACUACGAAGGUUAUUAAAUAACACACACUCUGUAGUGCACUAUCCGUUCCAUUUGGGAUUCGUUCUGGUGAACACUUUCAGUAAAUGCCUUCCUCUUAAACCAUAUACAGUAUCUCUCUCUCUGUCUCUCUCUCUCUCACACACACACACACACAGAGAACACUAAGUACACACAUUUCCUGUAUAUAUUCUGCCUUACUGUGUGUUCUGUAGAGAUUAGACUGUGUGUGUGUGUGUGGGUGUCCUACUCGUGGGUCUGUAUGUACAUAUGGAAACGACUUCCUCUCUUUAUACACCUGAACAUUAAGACGAUUAAAAUACUGAAGAUACAAAGCCUUUAUUUUUUGGUCUUUCCUACAGAUAUAGUGAUGAUGUGAGUGGAGAGGUGCCGAUACUUUGCACAGAGGGUGGAAUAGGUGAUUGUACGUGUAUAGUAGUAUACAGAAAAUGACUGCUGGGUGAUUAGGAAGGUGCUAAACCUGAUACUCGCUGGCAUGCAGAGUCACAAGUGAGGUUCUUUUAAACGUCUGAUAUGUUUUAUUAUUCAAAUGUAACCAAAUCAACGCAAUUAAUCACACAAUAUUAUAUUAAUGAAAAUAUAGUUUUGUGACAAGGUUAUAUCAGUGUGUCAUUUAGGACAAUCAUUUAGGACAAGCUGAUAUUUUGAUGUUAUACAAGUAUUUAAAUGUAGUAAAAAAAAAAAAAAGAAAAAAAAAAAGAAAAGAAAGUUAGUUUUGUGUUUGCUCGCCCUCUAGUGGACAGAUCCGGUUACUGAUGAAAAGCUUUGAACGUCUUAAACUUCAGCAUGGUCUCCACUGUUAAUUUUGACAGCCAUUUUUUAAUCUUAGUCUUAGUCUUUAUCUUAAGACGAAAAUUCUUUGUUUUCUUCCUAAAGCUUCAGAUGCUGAAGCCAUUGCAGCUUGCCAGGCCAGUUCGAGUUUGUUUAGCCGACCCGCUAACUGUAUGAGAUGCAAACGUCCCUUAUCCAAUCCAGUGACAGGGACGCACAUUAUGAAAGAUGGUUAGCUGACACAAAGAGAUCAUUUAUUUUGAAUGCCCAAUACUCCUAAAUAAAGCAUUUUAGUCCAGUCCAGUCUCGUCUCGUCAACAAAGACAAGUCUUCAAUUUCUUCAUAGUUUUUAUCAUCAGACAAU